GUGCAGACAAGGAGAUCGAUGUCAUUGAUGUGACACGCCAAGCUGACCUCAAGAUGCGCCUGGGUGACUUUGUCGGCUACUACUGCAGCAGCCGCCGAGAGAAAGUGCUCAAUGUCAUCAGUCUGGAAUUCUCAGAAACCAGGGAGAGAAGAUCUUCUACCUGGUACGUCCCACUGCGGCCAACCUGACCCUCUUUGAGGCAUGGAGCAGCUCCUCCAAUCAGAAUGAAAUGUUCUUUGGGGACCAAGUGGAUAGGUGCUAUCGCUGUCCUGUCCGCCAGGGCCAGACCCUCUUCAUACCGACAGGGUGGAUCCAUGCUGUGCUGACCCCCGUGGACUGCCUGGCCUUUGGAGGCAAUUUUCUACACAGUCUCAACAUUGAGAUGCAGCUCAAGGCUUACGAGAUUGAAAAGCGCCUCAGCACAGCUGAUCUCUUCAAAUUCCCCAACUUUGAAACGAUCUGCUGGUACGUUGGCAAACAUCUCCUGGAUAUCUUCCGAGGCCUUCGAGAAAACCGUAGGCACCCAGCUGCCUAUUUGGCUCACGGGGCCAAAGCCCUUAAUACUGCAUUUCGCUCCUGGACUAAAAAGGAGGCUGAAUUUCCUCGGAAACUGCCACGAGCCAAACCCUGUUCCGACCCAAAUAAAGUGCGGGAGCCAGGGGAAGUAGAAUUUGACAUUGAAUGAUGCUCCUGCAUCUCCCAGUACUCAGGAAGCCAUCCAAGGCAUGUUGUGCAUGGCCAACCUCCAGUCGUCCUCCUCGGGAGGGGCCUCCAGCUUGCAGGCCUGGUUGGCAGCUGGGCAUGAACGUGGCUCUGCGGGAGCCUCUGGCACACAGCGCUCAGGAAAGAGACCCAUCAAACGGCCGGCUCAUCACAGCACUGACAGCGAGGAAGAGGCCAGCAUGGAUGAGCAGGAGAGCCUGGGAGCCUGUUUUAAGGAUUCUGAAUACAUUUACCCCUCCUUGGAAUCAGAUGAGGAUGACCCAGCCUUGAAGUCACUGCCAAAGAAGAAAAAAUGCACGGAUGAUGCUCCGUGGAGUCCUAAAGCCCGGGUGACCCCAACUCUACCCAAGCAAGACCGCCCAGUCCGUGAAGGAACCAGAGUGGCAUCUGUCGAGACCGGGCUGGCAGCUGCAGCAGCUAAACUAGCUCAGCAGGAACAUCAGAAGUCGCAGCGGCGGAAAUUCGUGGUAAAAAAGAAGCCGCCAUCUCCAAAAGCUCCUAGUCCAGAACCGGAGCCAGAGCCAGAACCAGAGCCAGAGCCAGAGCCAGAACUGAUAGAAGCAGAAGUGGAGCCAGAUGUGCCGCCACCACCCCCUGUCCCCCAGGAACCAGAUCCUGAGCUGGAGGCCCCUGUGCCCACCCCUCCUCCGGAAACAAAACAGGAGCAGUUUGCUGGCAGCCUGGUGGAUCAUGAAUACACUGCUCGGCCUAAUGUCUUUGGAAUGGCCCAGGUGAACCGGGGCUCCACGCCUAUGGCCCCAGGGGUCUUCUUGUCCCAGCGGCGCCCCUCAGCUGGCUCACCAGGUCCUCAAGCAGCACAGGGAAAACGCCCCAAGAAGGGCUUAGCGACAGCCAAGCAGCGACUGGGACGCAUCCUGAAGAUCCAUCGCAAUGGCAAGCUACUCCUCUGAGUGCAUCCCCAUGUCAGCUCCAGACCACAUGCCCAGCUCUUGGGCAGCAGAAGUUGGGUGAGGCACAGAGACCCACUUGGAGGCACCGCCUGGUGUCUUUGGAGGGCUAACAGGACCUUGGGCGUGCAGACAAGGCCUGCGCUACUCUACCUCUCCUUCCCUCACAUGGAUCAGAGCCAAGUCUGAGCUGCCUGUGUUACUGUUGGGAGCUUUCUCGAUUGGCGGCACCUGAACACAGAGGCGAACCGUACCGGUUUCCCUGAAGAGACAGACAACGUAGGAAGCGGGGGCUUCGUUGUGCCCGCUGAUUCUCCAUCCCUACCUCGACCCGCUGCACUUCCUUUUUUUUUUUGUUUUUUUUGUUCUGGGGCUGAUACCUCUUUUCGAAUGUUCCCUUCCCUCUGUCAAGUCACACCUUGUCUUUUCCUCCUAGCAGCUUCAAAUGCCCUUUGUAUCUUUUGUUGCUGUUGGCAGACCCUGGCAUGCCAAGGAGCG